AGUGCCAGUAAACCGCAUGAUUUGCAAAGAUGAUCAGCGUUUUUCUUUAUAGGUCUGGCCAUGUAUUACCGGAUACCGCUCCUGACGUCGGUCACUUUCUUUAGGACCCCCUGAGAGCUGCUCAUCAAAUCUUUAGUGAAAUUGUCAUUGCUCUUGACGAUAGGAGAAAUAACGUGAACUACAAAGAAGAAUAGGAAAUAUAACAAGCACACUCACCCAAAAAAACUGGCCAUUGACCAAACGACAAAUGGUCAACCACAUGAUGAGUGCACAGAACGAAUCCGAGGUCGAGAGCCUGCUGAUGAGCCCGUGCUGGAACCAAUCGACCAGUGUUCAGGACCAGUAUCUGCUGGACGGAGAGAAGCUGCUCCUGGACACGGACCUCGAAUCGCUACCGAGUGAUUCCGAAACGCAGAAGAACUCGAUGGAUGUGCUGGAAAACCUGCUGCUGAACUCGACCUCCAUCAACAGCAACAGCUCCAGCAACGAUGGGGACGUCAAGCCGCUACCGUCGUUUACCUCGUUCAACACAGGACAUUUGUCGAUCAACGGCAUCUCGGGGUAUUCGUAUACGGCAAUUGCGCAGCGGAUGCCCGAGGAGAACAACAACUACCCGCAGAAUUCGUUCACGAAUGGGGGGAACAGUGGGAACAACGGAGACAACAACAUCGUGUCGUCAUCCACCUGUCUACCGGACUCCGUGUUGAACCCGGACGGAAACGGAGCGGACAGUUGUCUGCAGGAUGUGAAGUUGUUUUCGGACAGUUCGAUCGACGGUAAAAUAUACUCGGCCACUGCGGAUGGGUGCGUGAUAAGUGGGGCGGAUUCGGUUUCCGCGGCGAAAAUAUUUGUCGAUUCCAAAGAAUUGUCCGAGUACGACAUGAGCUCGAUCGAGGACAUAGCAGCGAUUAUAGGGUCGGCCAUUGCGGACACGACAGUACCGAACAAAAUCGAAAAAGAAGACGGAAACGACACGAGGGAUUCGUGGAUGGAUCUGGAUGCAUGGAUCGAAGGAACGUGCACAACUCCCGAUAGCAAACUGAUCGUUUCCCAGCAGGAUUCCCUCAGUGAACUGAUCCUACCUCACUCCCCGGGACACACGUCCGGGUCAACGCUACAAAGCUUGCUGACGCACACCUACAUGCCCCUGCUGCAGAACCGAUUACAGAAUGGGCCACCGAUCAAAAUAGAAACGCCCACCUCGACGUCCUACUGCGGCGAGCUGAUAUCGACUUCAACUAGUCCUCCAGGCUCGGUAGUCUCCACAACCGAGAACCUGAUUCUCAACGGAAGGUACCUGCAAAAUCAUCAGAAUGCUCAUUUUGCUCUCAACAUGGGCCUCAAAUCGGAUGGCCUGUGUAGUCCGGAGCUCAUAGGCAACUUCCCACAUACCACUACCACGACCCCAACGACACCAAAAAACAAACGAAGACCUCACAAACAGGGCAAAACCAAUGGCCACGGUCACCAAGUGCACCAGGCACAAUCCCAGCAAGCUCAACAGCAGUCUUCCUUACACCAGCAGCAACUGUCCGCGGUAGCAGCUGCAGCAGCAGCGGCAGCAGCCGCCCAAUCCCAAUCCAUGAACUUCCCCGGAGCUAGCGACCUGCUACUCGGUAAGGACAAACCCGUCCACCGGUGUAACAUCUGCAACCGGGGGUUCCUGAACAAGAGCAACAUCAAGGUGCACCUGCGGACGCACACCGGCGAGAAGCCGUUCCGUUGCGAAGUGUGCGCCAAAGCCUUCCGGCAGAAGGCCCACCUGAUCAAGCACCAGCAGAUACACAAACGGAUCGGGAGGGAUUGACCAUUAGCAGCAGUGGUGGUUUCGACGACCUCCUCCGGCUCCGGAUCCGGUCCGGGCCGGAAACGGUCGUCUGCCGCUUACUGCGCCCAGAACAACAACAACCAGAACCAGAGCAGCAGUUCUCUGAAUGAUCAUCUCAAUGGCAAUUCCUCCCAUCACCAUCACCAACAACAACAGCAACAGCAGCAACAUUCCCAGCAUCAACUGCUGGCGAGCGCGCUUGGAGUUUCCGGCAAUGGCAUUGGCGUGGGACUGGCCGGUGAUGCCAGUAUAAGCAAAAAGUUCCGGUUUGUGCCGUUUGCGUGACAAUGAGCCACGCUGGAACUGGAAGACCGUUUGGCGGCGCAGCGGUCGAGAUUUACUCGCCAAUAUGGAGGCGCGGUCUCCUAAAGGUGUACCUCAUGUUUAGCGUUCUAAUUGGAUUCUUUCACUGUCUUGAAGCGCUGUUCUUCCUUGGUUUUGAAGGUUGUGGAAGUUGUAUACUGGAAAUGAUCUUGAGGGCGUAGUGAAAGUGUGAGUUUGUACAAGGUUGGAGCAAGUUUUAUGGAGUUAGAAUGAAAAUGGCUCAAAACUUCGUACAGCGUAGCAAGAAUGUAACAGUUGUUACGUCCCUUGUGAAGGCAGCUAUGCGACUAGGUGUUCUAAAAGCAGUUUCAGAGUUAUUAAUGAAGAACACCAUUGCCACAGUUGCAAUUUUGUGCGCCGUGUAGCUUGUUGAGACCCGUGUGGUUAAUUUUGUGAACAAUCCUAUGGAAAGUUCUGUAGAGUCAUUUGCAGAAACAUAUAUCACUAUGAAGAUUACUUUGGAGAUCCUUUUGAAUAUGUCUGUUGAGAACUUCCGUCUAUUAACAGAUCUUUUUGUUUAACUCUCAAAAUCAACACUCUGAGUUUAGAUUCACACUCCCUUUUUAUAAGCAGAGCUAUAUGAUUACCCAUGUUGAGACUCUGUAGAGAGUUUUGUAGAUAAAUAUUCGAAAACUUCUGUGGGGGUCUCUGGGACACUUUUCUGACAGUUUUUGUGAAAACUUUUGUAGAUACCACUACACAAUGGUCCAAAUCAAAAAUUUAGCAGGAAAAAUGUGUUUUCU